GGCCUGCCACGUCACUUGGAGAGUGUGUUGGGAAGGAAGGGCAGAGCCGAGAGCCGAGCCGCUGCAGCUGCGGCCGCUGCAGUGAAGGCUUGAGCGGUGGGGAGGUGGGUUCCCGCGCCCAGGCUGCGGGGCAGCCCCAGGGCCCUCCCAGAGGCCUGCGGUGAGGCUCCUAGGGAGGAGCUGGCGGCGGGAACGGCGACCUUGGCCAGACGGCACCCGCGGUGGACGUAGGGCGGAGGCCGAGCCCCGCCAGGAGUCUUCGCCGAGCGGGAGGGAGGCGCAUCUGGCGCCUCGGUACCAGCGGCAGCCGGGGGUCUUGAGCCGUGGGAGAGGCGCAGUGGGAGCUGGGAAGGGCUAACCCUUGUGGAGGGCGGACCCUGCGUCCGGGAGCCCAGGCUCAGGCGCGGCGGGGGGCGCAGCCACGGGUCUUUGCGGGCACCCAGUUUCACACGGGCCAGUUUGCGGUUCCAGGUAUCCCAGUAAGCUCCAGCACCAGGCGCGGUUGACUGGAAGCGGGGAGCCAAGUCCUCCGCUUCCAGGUCACCUCCCCAGACUUAGUCUUGCCGCAACCAGAGCUUCAGGGCUCCGGGACCCAACCUCCAGGUCAGAGCGCGAGCUCGGAGGAGCGCGAGCCGAGCCCCACCCUAAAAAGAGGGCGCAGCCGGGAGCCGGGAAACCGUGCGGCGCUGCAGCGCCGGCGUCGUGGGCGCCGUCCUAGUGGCGAGAGACAUGAGAUCGGAGAAAUCCCUCACGCUGGCGGCGCCGGGGGAGGUCCGGGGGCCGGAGGGGGAGCAACAGGAUGCGGGCGACUUCCCGGAGGCUGGCGGGGGCGGGGGCUGCUGCAGUAGCGAGCGGCUGGUGAUCAAUAUCUCGGGGCUGCGCUUUGAGACUCAGUUGCGCACCCUGUCGCUGUUCCCCGACACGCUGCUGGGGGACCCCGGCCGCCGCGUCCGCUUCUUCGACCCCCUGAGGAACGAGUACUUCUUCGACCGCAACCGGCCCAGCUUCGACGCCAUCCUCUACUACUACCAGUCGGGGGGCCGGCUGCGGAGGCCCGUCAACGUGCCCCUGGACGUCUUCCUGGAAGAGAUCCGCUUCUACCAGCUGGGAGAGGAGGCCCUGGCGGCCUUCCGGGAGGACGAGGGCUGCCUCCCCGAAGGUGGUGAGGACGAGAAGCCGCUGCCCUCCCAGCCCUUCCAGCGCCAGGUGUGGCUCCUCUUCGAGUACCCCGAGAGCUCGGGACCCGCCCGGGGCAUCGCCAUCGUCUCGGUGCUGGUCAUUCUCAUCUCCAUCGUCAUCUUUUGCCUGGAGACGCUCCCCCAGUUCCGUGCAGAUGGUCGAGGAGGAGGAAGCAGUGGUGGUGGCAUGAGCAGAGUCUCCCCGAUUUCCAGGGGGAGUCAGGAAGAAGAGGAAGAUGAAGAGGAUUCCUACACUUUUCACCCUGGCAUCUCCUCUGGGGGAGUGGCAGCUGGGGGCUCAUCCUCACUUAGUACUCUUGGGGGCUCCUUCUUUACAGACCCCUUCUUUUUGGUGGAGACGCUGUGCAUUGUCUGGUUCACCUUUGAACUCCUAGUGCGCUUCUCUGCCUGCCCCAGCAAACCAGCCUUCUUCCGAAACAUCAUGAACAUCAUUGACUUGGUGGCCAUCUUCCCCUACUUCAUCACCCUGGGCACUGAGCUGGUGCAGCAGCAGGAGCAUCAAUCAGCCAGUGGCGGGGGUGGCCAGAACGGGCAGCAGGCCAUGUCGCUGGCCAUCCUCAGAGUGAUCCGCCUGGUCCGCGUGUUCCGCAUCUUCAAGCUCUCGCGCCACUCCAAGGGGCUGCAGAUCCUGGGCAAGACCUUGCAGGCGUCCAUGCGGGAGCUGGGCCUGCUCAUCUUCUUCCUCUUCAUCGGCGUCAUCCUCUUCUCCAGCGCCGUCUACUUCGCGGAGACCGAUGACGAUGAUGCACUCUUUCCCAGCAUCCCUGAUGCCUUCUGGUGGGCGGUGGUCACCAUGACCACGGUAGGGUACGGAGACAUGUACCCCAUAACAGUGGGGGGCAAGAUCGUGGGCUCGCUGUGUGCCAUCGCGGGGGUCCUCACCAUCGCCCUGCCGGUGCCGGUCAUCGUGUCCAACUUCAACUACUUCUACCACCGGGAGACAGAGCAGGAGGAACAAGGUCAGUAUACCCAUGUCACUUGUGGGCAACCUGCGCCGGAUCUGAAGGCAGCUGACAAUGGACUUGGCAAGCCUGAAUUAUCCGAGGCCACCCGGGAACGGAGACCCAGCUAUCUUCCUACUCCUCAUCGGGUAUAUGCAGAGAAAAGGAUGCUCACUGAGGUUUGAUCGACCCAGCCAGGGCUUGCCCGAGAAGGAUGGCACUGAACAGACAGUCCCUUAGGCCUCCUUCUCGUUGUCUACUGAUCUCACCCUAGCACCAGUUGACAUCGUGAACUCCCUCCCCUGUAGCCAGUGGAUGGCAUCCAGGACCAAAUGCCUGAACUGUCGGCCUUGUUGCUCGAUCCCUGCAGCAUUCAAGGUUUAUCCAUCUAAAUGACAUUUUAGAAAUUUUAAUGGUGCCACCCAUUUGUGCCCGUCUUCUGUCACAUGGAUGUGAUUUCCAUCUGACCUUCCCUCAAGACUCUGCUUUUACAUGUCUGGGACUUGCGAUAUUGGUAAGAACAGAGAUGUCAGCAGGAUGGAAGCGGGCUUACCUGGGUCUUGUUCCUUUCCUUAGUGUCCUUUGCCUUAGGACAAGCACCUGUCUUAGCCUUUGGCCCCAUGGUAACUAGCAGAAGCUGGAGGACUGAAUCAGUGUUCACCUUGCUGUUCCUUCCAGUGCCCGGUAACACCUGCUGGUCAUUCUGCAUCCCUUGGUUGACCCCUUAGUGCACAACUCAAAAUAUCUUUAACCCUGGCUGGAAUUAGAGAAACUAAAAUUAAAUUUGGCCAUUUGGAGGACAUCAGGGGUCAUUUGGGAGCAAAGGGGUCAGUGGAUUUGUCCAGGUGGAUUCCAGCACAACAGGUGUCAGUCUCUGGUCUACAUUUAGUCCUCCCCACUCUGAUCCCCUACUCUCUCUAGCUUCCAGGAAGGUUCCUUCUCAAAGCCAAAUACUUUUUGUGCAAGUGCCUUCCUGUGCAGAGGAACUGGAAAAAGGGAUCACAGAGACACUGCUGAGCAGAGGCAGCACCUGGCUGGGGCACACAUCUGAAGACCUGUGCCACCAGGCACUGCUAUCUGGGAGGGGCAAGGAAGCUUGUUGCAGAGGGCAUAUGUCCCCCCUCGCGCCCCCCCCCCCCCCCCCCACUCUCCUUUCCCCCAGCCCUCUCUAGCUUCUGCCUGUCUUUCUGUGAA